AUGUCAAUACAUGUAAAACAAUCAACGACAAAUCGUUGUUGUUGUCACGUCCAAGAUGAAGAAAUCAAUUUAAAUGAUAUUGCGAAAAUUAUAACUAUUGUAAAUCAUAAAAUUCUACAAUUACGAGACGAAAUCAGUGCUUUAAAAAAUGUCAAUUAUGAUAAAAAAAGGAAAUUAUUUAAAAAAACUGAAAAUGCUUGCAACAUGUCUUUCAGUUUUGAAAAUGAUUUUAACACUUCUCAAAGUAAUAUAAAAUUUGAUAAAGUUAUUUUUUCAAAAAGAUCAGAUAUUCUUGCAAGUUUUUUAAAAAAUAAUUUAUUAAAUAAUUAUAAAACAAAAUAUAAAAAAAUUGAUGAUAAAGCACCUAAUUAUAUAACAGAUUUAAAUAAUCUUUUAACAAGUGAAAAAUUACAAGUAAGAGAUUCAGAGUUUGUUUUUGAAAACAUGGAAAAAGAAAGGAAGAUGAAAAUUUCUCAGGGAACUCAGUGUGACUUAACAAUGGAUCGUAAAAGGAAACGAUCUUUUUUAAAUUUUUUCAAGAUAGAAUCAUAUAUGAAGGAUAACAAUGUUUUAAAACCAAAUAAGAAAAUAGAAUUUUCAUCGAAAACUAAUCUUUUUGUAACUUUAGAUUCUGAUGUAAAUAUAACAAAAUUAACAAAUACAAAAGAACAAAAGAAUGACGAAAAAUAUCAGUUAGAAGAUUUGACAAAUAGUGAAAACAAUAUAACAUGUGCAAAAGUUAAUUACACAUGUAAAUUAAUUGGAAUUGAAUCUGAAAAAUCGCAAGAAAAUAAAAUUGAAUCGAAAAUGAAAAAUGAAUUGACUAACAAUAAGUACAAAAUAAAUUUAGUAGACAAUAUGGAAGAUGAAAGUGAACUUUUCAAAUAUUCAAUAAAUCGAAUGGGUGGUGGCGCAGAAGUUCGUGGAAACCAUUUCAUUUCAGAUUUCCAUAAUAAAAUACAAAAAGUUAAUUUAUUAAAGAAUUCAAAAUUUGAUGCAAAAAAUGUAAAAAGAAGAUUGGAUGCAUGCAUAAACGAAUUAAAUGAAAUAAUUGAAGAUGCUUCUUUAAUUUUUUCAAAUGCGCAAUGCAAUAUCAUAGAAAAAUUAUAA